AUGCCCGUGCAGAAGUUGGCCGAGAUGUCGGAGCCCCGUGCGAGCGACCAGACGCCGCCGCCAUUGGGGGGGCGGGGGAGCGUCGUCGAAAGGGAGUGGAAAUGGCAGGGAAGUCUGGCGUGCAGCCGCAUCCAGUACCAUGGCGAAAAUCUCCUUAGAGACCUCGCCGCCAUCACAUACCUCGCCGCCAUCACAUACCUCGCCGCCAUCACAUACCUCGCCGCCAUCACAUACCUCGCCGCCAUCACAUAA